CAAGGUCCGUCUCCAUCACUCUCCGGAAGCAGCCAGAAGAGCAAAAGAAAAGCACCGCGACCGGGCUGACCGCCACCGCAAAGCAGCAACCAUGAACGGCACCGAGGGACCUUUUUUCUAUGUUCCGAUGGUAAACACCAGCGGCAUCGUCCGGAGUCCCUAUGAAUACCCGCAGUACUACCUUGUCAACCCGGCGGCCUACGCCGCCCUGGGCGCCUACAUGUUCCUGCUCAUCCUCGUGGGCUUCCCGGUCAACUUCCUCACGCUGUACGUCACCCUGGAACACAAGAAGCUGCGGACCCCUCUAAACUACAUCCUGCUGAACCUGGCGGUGGCCAACCUCUUCAUGGUGCUGGGCGGCUUCACCACGACGAUGUACACCUCAAUGCACGGCUACUUCGUGCUCGGGCGCCUCGGGUGCAACCUGGAAGCAUUCUUCGCCACCCUGGGCGGUGAGAUCGCCCUCUGGUCGCUGGUCGUCCUCGCCAUCGAGAGGUGGAUCGUCGUCUGCAAGCCCAUCAGCAACUUCCGCUUCACCGAGGACCACGCCAUCAUGGGCCUGGGCUUCUGCUGGGCCAUGGCGUUGGCGUGCGCCGUGCCCCCCCUGGUGGGCUGGUCUCGCUACAUCCCCGAGGGCAUGCAGUGCUCGUGCGGUAUCGACUACUACACGCGCGCCGAGGGCUUCAACAACGAGUCCUUCGUCAUCUACAUGUUCACAUGCCACUUCCUCGGCCCGCUGUCCGUCAUCUUCUUCUGCUACGGACGCCUGCUCUGCGCCGUCAAGGAGGCCGCCGCCGCCCAGCAGGAGUCCGAGACCACCCAGAGGGCCGAGAGGGAGGUCAGCCGCAUGGUCGUGCUCAUGGUCGUCGGCUUCCUGGUGUGCUGGCUGCCCUACGCCAGCGUGGCCUGGUACAUCUUCUGCAACCAGGGGUCCGCGUUCGGACCGGUCUUCAUGACCAUCCCGUCCUUCUUCGCCAAGAGUUCCGCCAUCUACAACCCGUUGAUCUACAUCUGCAUGAACAAGCAGUUCCGCCACUGCAUGGCCACCACCUUGUGCUGCGGGAAGAACCCCUUCGAGGAGGAGGACGCGGCGUCCUCCGCGAAGACCGAGGUUUCCACCAGCUCCGUGUCUCCCGCAUAAGAGGCGGCCGUCGGACGCCACACCGCUCCACCGAUCCAGAGAAGACUUCCGCUCCCCCCGGGAAACGACUGAAGGCUAACGUCUACAGAAAGAACUUUUUGUAUUUUUACAAACCUAAAGACAGUUACAGGAUUCCAUUACAGAGUUGUUCCUGUAUGUACAGAAUAUCCACGGGAAAAAGUAAAAAAGUAAAUCUUUUACAGUUGGAUCCUAUAUGAUACUGGCUUAUUUUUGAAUGUAGAGGCAUGUAAUCAAAGCAACGUAAAAUAAACGCACUUUGCAAAUGA